CAGGUGGUGGUGGCGGCUGCGGCCGAGGCCCUGCGCGCUCGUGGCUUCCUCUGCUGCUCGCUGUCUUUGGCGGAGGCGUCUCGGCAAGCAGGCGAAGGAAGAGAGCCGGCCCUGCCUCCGCCGCCCGCUUGUUAGGACCACCGAGCAGGCCGGGAGGAACCCAGGCGGCCGCAGCUUCCUCUCCCGAAGAGUGCCGCCAUGUCGGACGGCGAGAAGCUCAAUUUGGAUUCCAUUAUCGGGCGCCUCCUGGAAGUGCAAGGUUCACGCCCAGGCAAGAAUGUGCAGCUGACCGAAAAUGAGAUUCGGGGCCUAUGCCUGAAGUCACGAGAAAUCUUCCUGAGCCAGCCCAUCUUGCUGGAGCUGGAAGCCCCACUCAAAAUUUGUGGAGACAUCCACGGGCAGUACUAUGACUUACUCCGACUCUUUGAGUAUGGGGGCUUCCCCCCAGAAAGCAACUACCUCUUCCUGGGUGACUAUGUGGACCGGGGGAAGCAGUCGCUGGAGACAAUCUGCCUGCUGUUGGCCUAUAAGAUUAAAUACCCUGAGAACUUCUUUCUUCUGCGUGGGAACCAUGAGUGUGCAAGCAUCAACCGCAUCUAUGGCUUUUAUGACGAAUGUAAAAGGCGCUACAACAUUAAACUGUGGAAGACCUUCACAGACUGCUUCAACUGCCUGCCUAUUGCUGCCAUAGUCGACGAGAAGAUCUUUUGCUGCCAUGGAGGACUCUCUCCUGACCUUCAGUCCAUGGAACAGAUUCGGCGGAUCAUGAGGCCCACAGAUGUGCCCGAUCAGGGACUUCUCUGUGACUUGCUCUGGUCUGAUCCUGACAAAGAUGUCCAGGGCUGGGGCGAGAAUGACCGUGGUGUCUCCUUCACCUUUGGCUCAGAAGUUGUCGCCAAGUUUCUGCACAAACACGAUCUGGACUUGAUCUGCCGGGCGCAUCAGGUAGUAGAGGACGGAUACGAGUUCUUUGCCAAACGGCAGCUGGUUACGCUCUUUUCCGCUCCAAACUACUGCGGCGAGUUUGAUAAUGCAGGUGCAAUGAUGAGCGUUGAUGAGACCCUCAUGUGCUCCUUCCAGAUCUUGAAGCCGGCUGACAAGAACAAAGGCAAAUACGGCCAGUUCAGUGGCCUGAACCCCGGUGGGCGCCCGGUCACUCCCCCACGCAACUCGGCCAAAGCCAAGAAGUAGCUAGCCCUGCCUGUUCCCCGAGCCUGUAGAUGUGGGGCCCAGGCUGUCUUGUGUAGCGGUUACACUGUACAGCGGCUGCCUACCUCCCCAGGGCCCAGCCAUGUAAUUUUUUAAAAAUGUCUGAUUAAGAAUACCAAAAAUUCUGCUCCCCUGCGGUGGGGGAUGUCUUUAUUUUUGGGGGUAUUUUUGACUGACUUUUUUGCCAACUUUGUCCUGAUGUAUGCUCCCCUUUCCCCCAUGGGGGUACUGCAUCAUUUUGAAUAAACAUGUAAGAUUCUUA